AUGACGGAAACGAAAGAAGAGAGUUUUGGAAAGAAGAAGAAGACGAGAGAGUUUAAUUCGUCAAUUCCCGCGAAAGUGGACGUCGCCAUCGUUGGUGGGGGGCUCGUCGGCGUCGCGUUCGCGCGGGCGUUGCGAAUGAGCGCAAAAACGAAACACUUGUCUGUGGCUGUUUUAGACGGGAACCCGCGAGCGUUCUCCAUGAAACGAGAAAAGAAAGAAGAAGAAGAUAAACAACAACAACAAGAAAAUCCUUACAAACCGAAAGCGAGAGUCUCUGCGUUGACUCCGGAAUCGAUUGACUUUUUAGAGCGCGAGUGUGGAGGCGUGUGGACGCAGAUUGAGAAGACCAACUUGGGGAACGAGUUUGACGCCGUGCAAGCGUGGGACGCGAUUGGCGAAGGAUACGUACGGUUCGAAGCAAAAGAGGCGAACAGAGAUAGACUAGGGGUGGUGGUUGAAAACGACGCGACGCGGAACGCGUUGUGCGACGGACUGAUUGAAGAGUUUGAAAAAGGAGAAGAAAUGGAAGAAGAAGGACAAGAGAGGAAGAGAAGAAGUUUGUUUUUGUUGCCCGGGACGAGCGUGGUUGGUACAGAGACGACGGAAUCGUCACCAUUUCGAGUGGUCAAGUAUAAGAGUUCUACGGGUAACUACACUAACGGGGACAGCGAAUAUGAAGAAGAAGUGAAGACAAUUAGCGCGCGAUUGGUUGUAGGUGCGGAUGGUCCGAACGGCGCCAUGAAACGAUUCGCCGGGGUGCGGUCGUUUGGGUACGAUUACAACCAGAAAGCGGUGUGCGGUACGGUUGAGCUCGACGGGCCGACCAAAACGGCGUUCCAGCGCUUUUUGAAAAACGGACCGAUUGCUUUACUUCCUAUUGGCAACGGGAAAUCGAAGACGAGCAAUAAUAUAGAUGAUUCUCAGUUUCCAAUUUAUGCAAACAUCGUGUGGUCAACCACGCCGAAAGAAGCUGAGCGCAUAACCGCGCUGAGUGACGACGACUUUGCCAGCGAAGUCAACGAUGCCAUCCACGGAGGCGGAGAGUACAAUUAUCAGCUUCGUAAGCAGCAAGUUCGUGAUUCGAAAAUCAUCAACGGAGGGUUCGCGAAGAGUUUCUCGAUGUUUAUCGUGGAAAGUUUCGCCAAAGAUUUAUUUUCGUUUGCGGUCGAUACUUUAGCGAAGAACAAAAAGAUGGAGAGUAAAGUGAGAGAAAUUUUACAAUCAACGCUGAAAGAAAACGAGUUUGAGUCGCCACCGAACAUCAUCGCCACGGCGAAAGGGUCCGAACGCGGCGCGUUCCCUCUCAAAUUGAAAAUUGCUGGUACGAGGACUCACCGCAGAAUGCUCUUGAUUGGCGACGCCGCGCACGUGGUACACCCGUUAGGCGGUCAAGGCGUUAAUCUUGGGUUUAAAGACGUCGCAGCGGCGAUUGAUGCGGUUGAGAACGCGAUAUCUGUUGGCGAUGACAUUGGAAGUGAAAACACGCUCCGAAACUAUAAAAACGCUCGUUUCUUAGAAAUGUCAGCGAUGGUGAUAGGAUUGGAUACGCUCCAAAAGAUUUUUGGACCAACUCUGAGUUCCAUCGCACCUUUCACGCAAUUGCGGAGUAUCGGCAUGCGCGCCGUGAACUCGAUUGCGCCAGUCAGAGAAAGUAUUACGAAGUUCGCCGCGGAUGGUGGAGUCUUGCGCAAAAAAUAA